AUGAGUGGCAGCAGAAAGAGAAGUGUAUUAUGGAGUUAUUUUAAUGAGGUGUCUCCAACACAGGCUGUGUGUACCAUUUGCAAAGCACAGCUGUCAUUUAAAGGAGGAUCUACAGCUAACCUUAACAGACAUCUAAAGGUGAAGCAUCCGACUGUGCAGCUGACACAAACUAGGGAAACUGAACAAGUAGCAGAGGAGCCUGGAACAUCAGGCAGUACCAGCACUGCACAGCCUCCUUCUAUCUCACCUGCCACUACCAGCACUUCUCAUACGACUGUCCCACACAGACGACGAGGAGGCCAGAACACUCUAACACAUUUUGUGGCUCGGCCACUUGACCCAUUAAGACAAAAGACAGUGGAUGAGGGCCUGGCAAGGAUGAUUGCACUGGAUCUGCAGCCUUUUUCUAUUGUGGAGGACAGAGGUUUCAAAACAUUUACAAAGGCCUUAAACCCCUCAUAUAUAUUGCCCAGCAGGCAAACCCUGUCAAAAACAAUAAUUCCAGAAAUGUUUUUGAAGAUUCAUGAACAAAUUAUGGAAAAAGUUAGCAAGGCAUCAGCAGUGUGCCUCACAACAGAUUGCUGGACAUCUAGGGCCACAUGUGGUUUUAUGUCAGUUACAUGUCACUUCAUUGAAAAUUAUAAAAUGGAGUCAUGUCUGUUGGAUUGUUUUGAAUUUACCGAAAGACACACUGCAGACAAUCUAGCAGACAAUCUUUUAAGAAUUGCUAGAGAGUGGAACAUAACUGACAAAAUAGUAGCUUGUGUUUCUGAUAAUGCUCACAACAUAAGCCUGGCCAUUCACAAAACCUCAUGGAAGCAUCUGCCAUGCUUUGCCCAUACAGUUAACUUGAUUGAGAGGGGUGGACUCAGUGUUAUCCAAAAUACACUGAAUAAGAUUAAAGCAAUUGUGGAGUACAUGCACCGAAGCACAGUGGCAGCUGAAAAACUGAAGGCAACACAGCAGCAGAUGGGUUUGCCAGAGUUAAAACUGAAACAAGACUGCCCAACACGAUGGAACUCCACAUUUUAUAUGUUACAGAGAUUUCUUGCUAACAAGGAUGCCAUCAUCACAACACUUGCACUAGUAAAUGCUCGACUAGAAACUCUGACACAGGAUGAGUGGAAAGAAAUGGAAGAAGCCUGUGAGGCUUUAAGACCAUUUGAAGAAGUCACAGUGGAAAUAAGUGGUGAGAGCUAUGUGACUGCCUCAAAGGUGAUCCUGCUUUCACGGAGUCUCCAAAAAAUAUGCACAAGAUACCUCAGAUCAGGAGGGUUCCGAAAACCUAUCAUUGACAUGCUUGAGACAAUGACAAAAGACAUGGCCACCAGGUUCCACAAGGUGGAAUUUCACCAUCUGCUCUCAGAAGCAUCUGCACUGGACCCAAGGUUCAAAAAAAGGGCCUUUUCAGAUGAUCAUGCAGCAAAUGAAGCUUUCCAGAGACUUAAAAAUGCUGUUGGGAGAGUGAGAUUGUCCUCCUCAGCACAUCAAACAGAGCAGCAACAGGCAGCAGCAUCAGCAGCAGCAACAUCAGCAGCAGCAGCAUCACCACCACCACCACCACCACCACCACAAGAAACACAGGAUAGCUUGGUGUGGGGUGAUUUCGAUGAACAAGUUGCAGGUCUUGUGACAAGAACAAGUUCUUCAGCAGAGGCUGUUUUGGAAAUGCGGUCAUAUUCAGAGGAGCCCCUGGUAGCAAGGUCCUCUAACCCACUACUCUGGUGGCAAAACCGGGCACUGAUUUACCCCAGAUUGACCCAACUUAUGCUGGAAAGGCUUUGCCUUGUGGCAACAUCUGUUCCAUCAGAGAGAAUUUUUAGCAAGAUGGGACAGAUAAUCUCUGAAAGAAGAAGCAGAAUCAGCCCCUCUAAGGCCCGACAACUAAUAUUUUUAAAUGCCAACCUUAAAUAA